UGGCUCGCAGCUCAAACGGAAGCAAACAUGGGACUCGGCGCAGCUCCUGCAACAGAAUCCGAGGAAGAUGUUAAAAUGUUUAAAUCUAAAUCCGCGGCGGUGUCUUUGCCGAAACACUCUUACUGGUUUGACUUCUGGCUGUUCGUGCUCUUUGAUAUCGUGUUUUUCCUCGUCAUGUAUUUCAUAGUCCCGUGAAAAGUUGUCUCCUGGAUUUUGGAGCCUGAGGACAUGCUGGCCCCCGCCCUUUAGUCUGGAAUGCAAACCGAGCUUUGACUGAACUGAACGUUGCAUUAUCUGACAUAACAUCUCAAGCUUCCACGCCUUGGACCAUGAAACCAUGGCAUCCUGCUUUCAUAUCAGAGAUUUGAACCACAAAAUGCCUUCCCCUUCUGACCCUGUGCCAGCUGCUGCUUCUUCCUGGACUGCAUCAUGUUGUUACCAUGGGGAAGGAGGGGGGAAAAUGAAAUAUUUAUAUAUUGAAGAGUGGCAAUUGCACCAUGAAGACUUGUAAAAUGUAUCUAUAAUAUCACUAAAAUGCUAUUUUAAGUAUUAUCAUUAUAAAUAUAUCAGACCACAGCACCAACAAUUAACUCCUGGAAAGAGAAGAGCUGUUUUGGAAAAAAAUAAUACAAAGCAUUGGAUAAGUGAUAUCAUUGUACUUGCUUUGAAAACAUUUAAAAACAAUGUAAUGACAGUUUGCACCUGAAAAAUACUGGAAUUAAAGUGAUUCUGUCUACCUGCUGAAUGGUGACUAUUCCAUCUGAAGCACUUUAAGGCUUCACAGUUGCUCACAGUUCAGAACAUAAGUUAUUAUCACAUACACUCCAACAGUACAGUGAUCACUUUAUGCAAAGAGUUUGUGUUUUCAACCAGAUGUGUCUCUCUCUUUAACUGAACAGUAAAUGAAAGGAUUGAUUCAGAUACACGCAAUACAAUAUAAUUCGGUGAUCACUGUGUUGAUGCUCACACAGUUGCCACAAGCUAAAUCCUGUAGACGGCUACCGACAUACAUUUGCUUUAUAUAGCGAUAACAUAAAGAAAAUAUAAAGUAUAGCUUUGCUUUUCGAUUUUGAUCAGGUAAAGAGUUAUCUUUCUCAUUUCGUUGGCUUCAGGCUUGCUCGGUAUUUUGAAGACUUUUAUUUUGAAAAGAGGUAGGCAUGUUUCCGCUUCGGCAGGCGCAGCUGACAAACGUAACCAUUAGUUUGGAGGAGACUCGAGUAAACGUGUUUGUAUGUGUUGUGUCAAUGAUGGACACGUCUGUCAGUUCGUAUCAGCUGGAAAACACAGAUGUGUUCCUGCCGUUGUCAUCACUGAGGUUGCUUAUCCCUCCUCUGAGGUUGCUGUCUGCAGCCAUGUGGCAGGUGGCUCAGCGGAGAGACAUUCUUGAUUAUGAAAAGCUGGACGAGUUUGUUUCGCUGGUAACAGCCACAGUUCCAGACCUGCUCAGUCCAAAGCAACGAGGCAGACUACUCCUCCGACUGCGAGCCAGAAUUAUUCUUGAGCUAUGCAGGGAUGAGAAAACAGCCAACAUGUUGUGUAUACAGCCUUAUUUAGAACAAAUCCGCCCACCAGGAUACACAGGGAGCGGAGAUGCAGAGGUGGAUGCUGAGGAGGCAAUUUUCAUGGAGCUCAUCCUAACACUCGUCAAAGACCCAGCAGAGAGGGAGCACUUUUAUCAGGAGGUUUUCCCUACAGAGUAUGGUUCCAACUAUGAUACAGACACGCAGCUGCUUGUGUGGGAGCUUCUUUCCAAAAUGGAGAAACUCCUGCCAGUACCUGACCUCGGCCAGACUGUUUCAUGGCUGACCUCUGCACCCUCUGUACUGAAGGACUGCCUGCAGGCACUUUCCAAUCCUGAUGACCUGAGGUCUUUACUGAAACACCAUAAAUGCCUGGAACACCUUGGCACUCAAGGUACAUCUGUGGAGAUGUCCAUGCAGGUCUUUGCCUGCUCCUAUUGUCCAUUCUUCCACAUGCAGGAGUCAUACCUGCUGCAGCACAUUGAGCACAGUCACCCAGAGCACUUUGGCAAAGUCCAAGAGACAACUGCAGAGACAACUGAGGCCCCAAAGAAGAGGUUCCAGUACCCUGAGUUCCCAAAGCCUUUCCCCAUCCACGUUAGACCUGACCCUCACAUGUGUCAGGAAUGUGGCAAAACUUUCACCCGUGCCUCAGAUGUGACUCGUCAUCAGCGGACGCACACAGGUGAGCGGCCUUACACCUGCGAGGAGUGUAAGAAGGGCUUCAGGAACUCUUGGGAUCUGACUAGACACCAGCGCAUUCACACCGGAGAGCGGCCCUUCCUCUGUUCCCAGUGUGGCAAACGCUUCACACAGAUGGGUCUGCUCAAACUGCACUUUGAGCGAACCACUUGUGGCCAGACAUGUGACCCUCCGCUAGACUUAACUACAGAGGUUGUAGUAGCAGAUGAGACUUUAGAGAAAGAUGAUGGUCUGUACAAAUGUCAGAAAUGUGGGGAGAGCUUCAGUAGCAUCCUGGAGCGGCUGAGGCACAGGCAGGGCCAUGUGGCACGCAGACAAUACAAAUGCUCACUGUGUGAGAAGAUCUACAGCAGAGCUUCAGAUUUAAAGAGACACCAGAUGAAGCACACAGGUGAGCGACCAUUUGCCUGUGAGUGUGGCAAAAGCUUCACCCAUGUAUGGCUUCUAAAUAAGCACCAGCAGAUCCAUAGCAGGGACCGUCCAUACCCGUGCACAGAGUGUGGGAAGAGCUUCACACAGCUCCAGAUACUCAACAGGCACCUGCUAACCCACAACGGCCAGCGGCCUUUCCAGUGCUCCUACUGUGAGAAGAGCUUCACUCAAUUGGCCAGCCUCAAACGCCAUGAGAGAACCCACACAGGUGAGAGGCCAUACAUCUGCAGCACCUGUGAGAAGACAUUCCUCACUCAUGGAGAGCUGGGCCGACACCAGCGCAGCCACAGCAACUUCAGGCCAUUCAGCUGCUCACAGUGCCCCAAGAGCUUUAAAACUAAGCGUGCUCAAAGUGAACACCUCAAUACACACACGGGUGAGCGGCCCUUCGCAUGCGCACACUGUGGAAAGACGUUUGCCAAGUCCACCUCGCUCGUCCGGCAUAACCUGACUCACACAGGAGAGCGACCCCACCAAUGCCCUCACUGCGGAAAGUCUUUUCUCACUUCUGGUGAGCUCCUCCUCCACAAGCGUAUCCACACAGGAGAAAGGCCUUAUCCCUGCUCCUACUGUGAGAGGAGGUUCAGAUGCUCCUCUGACCUCAACAUGCACAUCAGGACACAUACUGGGGAGAAGCCACACAGCUGUCUUUUCUGUAAGAAAGCCUUCUCUACAUCUACAAGGCUGAAGAGACACAUGCGCACACACAUAGACAAAGGCAUAGCUGUGGAGUCAUUUAAUAUUUGAGCUGCCAAGAGCAUGAUUCUUGUAAUUUAAUGCCUUUUCCUUGGCUUGUGACCCUUUAAAUGUAUUAUUUGUCAUGAGUUAUCAAUCUUUAUGACCUCAAAUUUAAAACAGUUACAAUAUUGAAGAUUUAAAAUGUAAUCAUUUGUGAUGCCUUUUGUCCCUUUUUUUACUUUUUUUCUAAAAUAUCAUAA